AUUUUUCCUUCUCGUUCCUCCUCGCCCUCACCCAUCCAUAAUGAACAACUACCCUCGCCAUCAACUCGCGUCUCCUCCACUUUCUGAGCGUUCUUUCGUCCCUUCCUCCGAAUUAGCCAAUCGUGGCAGCCCUACAUACAAACAACACCCUACCGCCCCACGAUUCAGCCUUCCUAGAUGUUACAUUCUCUACAGUCUCCACUCUCUACUCAUCACGUCCCAUUAUCAACAAUGUCAACGGCAGUCUUAAUGAAACGAAGAAUCGAUGAAAUCUCUCAGGAUUGUACUCACAAUGGUGUCAACCAACGUCAAAACGCUCCUAUCACGACAUUUCAACACACUCUCAAAAGAAGGCGCGAACAACCGUUUCCAAUACUCGCAAAAACGACUUUUGGAAAAAACCCGGAAUGGAUGCUUUGCUGGAUUGGGUGACAGAUCCGGAAAACGAUGCCCGACUAAGGAAUGUAGGGAGAGUCUCUGGCACCAAACUCUGCGAUAUUUACCGAGAGGUGGCUCUGCUUGUCAACCAGCAGUGCGGGACAGAGUGGAAGUCUGAUGAGGUCAGAAGCAAUAUCAGAGGCAUCGAAAAGAAAUACAAAGACGCUCACACCUUGGCAGCCUCGACAGGCGAAGGCCAUGACGGCUCCAAAGGAUUGCUGGAACGAAUACGCGAGAUUUGCCCGCCCUAUGACCGAUUGUAUCUAGUGUAUGCGUCUAGCGUUGUCAAGAAUCCUCUUCCUCUUAAGCAAUCCGUGCCUGCUCCUGCUCCUGAGGAAAGCUUCUUCGCCUCCGAUCUCGACAAUGACGACGAUGCUGACGAUGCGCCUGAAGAUGAAAGGAGAGCUACAAGGCAGAACGCAAGGGAGGCCAGUGUUGCGACCAAUUCAUCCGCAAGGUCCUCCAAAGCGAAAUCGAGAACUUCAAAGGCGAAUAGUAUCGAUAUUCUUUCAAAUCGACUGCAAGAAAUCAAAGAGAUGUGUCGAACCCAUGGUAGCGCCGGCAGUUCCUCUUCGACCUCUCAAGUUGACUCAUGGAUCCAGCAACGCUUUCAUGAACUUAAGGAGGAACUAGACGAAUAUAAGCGGGAGAAUCGUGAGCUCAAGGAUCAACUUGUCAAGAUACAGCUGGAUCAUUGUAAGGAAAACGAGAAAAUCAAGUGCGACCUUGCAGCUACAAAGAGGGAACUUGAACUGAGGGUUGCGCAAGUGAUAAAAGAAACGCAACCGAAAAAAGAGGAAAGUAAACAGCAAUAAACGUUUAUUAGAACGUUAGAACGUUCA